GUCAGUGGCUCUCCGCUGCUGAAAAUGAUUCGUGUUGCGUUGUGUCGCGUUCGCAUUGUUUAUAAAACAAAUUAAUUAUAUUUAUUAUUAGUUUAAGUGGUAAAGUGGUUGAAAUUGUGCAAUACAGCUGCACGCGCCGCGCGAAUGCGUGAGAGCAUGAGAUAUGCUAGCUGCCAAGUCGUCGUCGUGGUCGUCGCUGCCGCUGUCGACGCCGAACUCGUCGCGCCAGCUAAUGAAAAAUAUACGUAGAGAAAAAUGCUUAAAUAUAAUAUACAAAAUUGAAUCAAAGUAACUAAAAAGUGGCGUCAAACGAUUAAUAUAUGUAUGUGUGUUCAGUUCAUGCAAGUGAAAUGUGUAUGGCAAAGUUGCGCGCAAAGACGUCGCAGCCAACAGCAACAACAACAACAAUACCAGAGAAAGAGAGACAGAGCGAGAGCGAGAGAGGGGCUGCUGCGGCGACCGUAACAAACCCAACAAUAACAAAUAAAAAGAAGCAGAGCAAAAUGCGCUUACACUAAGCAAGAGGAACUAAAGAAGCAUCACUUGCUUACACGCCUGCACCCCUCCCACCCGUAAGCAAUCGACUUACCAAAUUAACUUCUAGCGGAUCCAGCACCAAAUCAUCACAAAACCCAGCAGCAAACGCAGCACCCAGUCGGCACCCCAGCUGGACUCUUGUCAGCAUGCAGGCUAAAAAGCGUUACAUACUGGUCUUUGUCUCGUGCGCGUUUCUGGCCUAUUGCUAUUUUGGCGGCUAUAGGCUGAAAGGGGCGCCGCAUCGACCACGGCGCGCCCAGCACGAAUCGGCCAAGGAUGGGGGUGUUCAACCGUACGCACAACUCCCCAGCUUUAUGGGCUAUGAGCAGCGCCAGCCGCUGUCUAAUGAGUCGACGGCCGUUGCUGUCGUUGCCAAAAGGAAGCCGCCAGCGGCUGCUUGUCGCAUGGAGACGUGCUUCGAUUUUACCAAAUGCUACGAUCAGUUUCUGGUCUACGUUUACCCGCCGGAGCCGCUGAACUCGCUGGGCGCCGCACCGCCCAGCUCGGCCAACUAUCAGAAGAUACUCACUGCCAUACAGGAGUCGCGGUAUCAUACCAGCGAUCCCGCCGCCGCCUGCCUCUUUGUGCUGGGCAUCGAUACGCUGGACCGCGACUCGCUCUCUGAGGAUUAUGUGCGCAAUGUGCCAUCGCGUCUGGCGCGCCUGCCGCAUUGGAAUAAUGGACGCAAUCACAUCAUCUUCAAUCUGUAUUCUGGCACCUGGCCGGACUAUGCCGAGCACUCGCUUGGCUUUGAUGCCGGCGAAGCCAUUCUGGCCAAGGCCAGCAUGAGUGUUCUUCAAAUGCGUCACGGCUUCGACGUUAGCAUUCCGCUCUUCCACAAACAGUUUCCCUUGCGCGCCGGCGCCACCGGCUCUGUGCAGUCCAACAAUUUUCCCGCCAACAAAAAGUAUUUGCUGGCAUUUAAGGGCAAGCGUUACGUUCAUGGCAUUGGCUCCGAAACGCGCAACUCGCUCUUCCAUUUGCAUAAUGGACGUGAUAUGGUUAUGGUGACCACAUGCCGGCAUGGCAAGAGCUGGCGCGAGCUGCAGGAUAAUCGCUGCGAUGAGGAUAACCGCGAGUAUGAUAGAUACGACUACGAGACGCUGCUCCAGAAUUCAACGUUUUGUUUGGUGCCGCGCGGACGUCGCUUGGGCUCCUUCAGAUUUCUCGAAGCAUUGCAGGCGGGCUGCAUCCCGGUGCUUUUGUCCAAUGCCUGGGUAUUGCCAUUUGAAUCGAAAAUCGAUUGGAAACAGGCCGCCAUUUGGGCCGAUGAACGGCUCCUGCUGCAGGUGCCCGACAUCGUUCGCUCCAUUUCAGCGGAACACAUCUUUGCCCUGCGCCAACAGACUCAGGUCCUGUGGGAGCGCUACUUUGGCUCCAUAGAGAAAAUCGUCUUCACAACAUUCGAGAUCAUUCGCGAACGACUUCCCGAUUAUCCAUUGCGCAGCAGCCUCGUCUGGAACUCAGCGCCGGGCGCCCUCCUCACACUGCCCACAUUUGCCGAUAGUUCUAGAUUUAUGCCCUUUCUGCUCAAUGCGAUGGGUGUGGAGCCGCGUCACAACUACACGGCCGUUAUCUAUGUCCAAAUUGGCGCCGCCCUCGGCCCCAAUGCGGCGCUCUACAAACUAGUCAGGACCAUUACGAAGAGCCAAUUUGUGGAUAGAAUACUUGUGCUGUGGGCCGCCGAUCGACCGCUGCCACUUAAAAAACGCUGGCCGCCCACCUACCACAUACCCCUGCAUGUUAUUGCGCUGGGGGGCAGCAGUCGGGGGGCGGCAGCGUCGCCGACUGCGCAAACAGGCCAGGAGGCACGACUCAGCAUAUCACAGCGAUUCCUGCCCUACGAGGAGAUACAGACAGACGCUGUGCUCUCGCUCGACGAGGAUGCCAUACUCAAUACGGAUGAGCUAGACUUUGCCUACACGGUCUGGCGAGACUUUCCGGAACGCAUUGUGGGCUAUCCGGCGCGAGCGCAUUUCUGGGAUGACUCCAAGAACGCAUGGGGCUAUACGUCCAAGUGGACGAACUACUACUCGAUUGUACUGACAGGGGCGGCGUUUUAUCAUCGCUACUACAACUACUUGUACACCAAUUGGCUGUCGUUGCUGUUAUUAAAGACUGUACAGCAGUCCUCCAACUGCGAGGAUAUCCUAAUGAACCUGCUGGUCUCGCACGUGACCAGAAAACCGCCGAUCAAGGUGACGCAGCGCAAGGGUUACAAGGACCGGGAGACGGGUCGCUCCCCAUGGAAUGAUCCCGACCAUUUCAUACAGCGACAGAGUUGCCUCAACACAUUCGCAGCGGUAUUUGGCUACAUGCCGCUCAUACGUUCCAACUUGCGCAUGGAUCCCAUGUUGUAUCGCGAUCCGGUAUCCAAUUUGCGCAAAAAGUAUCGCCAGAUCGAGUUGGUUGGCAGCUAGCGAUAUGUGCAAAUUGGCAAUAGCUACAAGCGUUAAGAGUACUGAGAUUCCCUACCCGCUCACACACACACACACCCACACACAUCUAUACCACACGCAGACAGCAGUCCGCACACACACCCACAGGCACACAACCAACACACACACACACACACGGACUUCAUAAACUGCUGUUCAUUGACGCUGCAAAGCGCCGCAAACUAUGUUAAUUAUUAUUAGUAGCAAAAAUUAGUUAGGAUUUAUGAAGCGUAUAUAUGUAUAUGUAUGUAACUAAAUAGCAUUCAGCGUUGCAAUUAUAUAUAUAUAUAUAUUUAGUUAUAUAUUUACAAUGCAUAUUGUACACACACACACACACCGACACACACGCAGACACACAGCAGAUUUGUGUAUGUAUAUAGAUGAACUCUGAUUAGGCCUAGUUAAGUUAAACUCCCUCCCGUGGGAGAACUGAGCAAGCGGAAUGCCAUUUUUUGCUAAUUUCAAAUUAGCGCUGCAAGUUUUUGAUAUAUAUACGAUAAAUAUAAAUAUACAUAUUUGCAUAUACAUACCAUAUAAAUAUAUAUAUAUGUGUGCAUAAGUAGCCGAUUUUGUACUGUGUAAAAGCGACGCGUUUGAUUUUUGUAUGUGUAAAUGUUUUGUAUGUAUGUCUGCCGUAUUGUAACUGUAAUUGUUGUAACUCAAUGAUAUGAUAUUGAAUCGAUAUGAUAUAUAAGCGUAUAUGUAUAUGUAUUUGUAUUUGUAUAGUUAGCUAGUGUUAUUAUCGAUGUGUGUCUGUAGCCAUUCUUACGUUGAAAUAUUAAUGGCAGAUGAUUAGGCUUAAGCUUGCAAAGAUAUUCCUUAACGAUAAUUAUUAAAAAACAAAAACUGUGGCCAUUAUAUCGCAAUAACAAUAAUAAAAGAUGUAGAAGAAGAAG